AUGAUCAUGAUCGAAGCGGACGAUCAUAGCGGGUACAUGCAGCUUGCGCUCGACGAGGCCAGGAAAUCGCCUCCCAAGGCAACAAACUUCUGCGUUGGGGCUGUCUUGGUUGACCUGUCCUGCAACCGGGUCCUCGCGACUGGCUACACCUUGGAACUGCCAGGAAACACCCAUGCCGAGCAAUGCUGCUUUAUGAAGUUGGCAGACCAACUUGGCGUCCCCGAGGAGUGCCUUCAGGACGUGCUCCCUCCCGAAAUGGCGCUCUACACCACUGUAGAGCCAUGCUCAAAACGCCUGAGCGGCAAUUUGCCUUGCGUCGAGCGAGUUCUUCGACUCGCAGACUCCAUCAAGACCGUUUAUGUCGGCGUCAUGGAGCCCAAGACCUUUGUCAGUAAUUCAGGCAAAAAGAGCCUCCAAGACGCAGGCAUCUCUGUUGUCCAUGUCCAGGGUCUCGAGGCCGAGAUACUCAAGGUCGCCACGGCCGGGCACAACAAUACUUAA